CAAAAUCCCAUGUGGAAAAAAAGAAAUGGAAAUCUAUCAGCUGUAUUUGUUUCUGUCUGAUGUGACCACCCCUCUUUAUAUUUUUCUGAGUUUCCACAAUAUUCAUACUUAGGGGUGAAAAAAGGAAUGAAAAACAGAAGAGAAAGGCUUUUUGAGAUGAGGUUGUGGGUUUGGGUUGUGGAGUCAGCAGGGGCCUCCCCAGGAGGGCCCCCCACCCCCCAAACCUGGCACCAGCCCCUCCUGGUGUUCCCACACUCCGCAGCUCUGGAGCAGUGAUGGAUUUCAAACAGGAAGCUGCUGCAGAUAACACGGCAGCUGGCCUGAUUGCUGGGCUGCCUGAAGGCUCGGACCCGGUUCCCCUUUGUGCUGGACUGCGGCCGCCUUUGUAAAUAGCAGGCAUGAGGCUCCCAGGCGCAGUGUCCUCGCGGGCCAGCGGUGGUCAGGACAGCCCCUGUGCCUAGUGUGUGCUCAGCAGGAGUCAGUGUCCUGCCUGCACCCGUGAUGGAGAGGGACCUGGCUCUGACGGGCGUGCUCAUCGGCCUGGCCUUCCUGUUGCUGCUGCCGUCUGGACGUCCUCAGCAGUCUGUGGAUGAUGCCUGCUCUGUGCAGAUCCUCGUCCCAGGCCUCAAAGGGGAUGCAGGAGAGAAGGGGGACAAAGGUGCCCCAGGACGGCCCGGAAGAGUCGGCCCUACGGGAGAAAAAGGAGAUGUGGGGGACAAAGGACAGAAAGGCAGUGUGGGUCGCCAUGGAAAGAUCGGUCCCAUUGGCUCAAAAGGUGAGAAAGGGGAUACUGGUGACAUAGGACCCCCUGGCCCUAAUGGAGAACCAGGCAUCCCCUGUGAAUGCAGCCAGCUGCGGAAGGCCAUUGGGGAGAUGGACAACCAGGUGUCCCAGCUGAUGGCGGAGCUGAAGUUCAUCAAGAACGCCGUGGCCGGCGUGCGGGAGACCGACAGCAAGAUCUACCUGCUGGUGAAGGAGGAGAAGCGGUACGCGGAGGCGCAGCUGUCCUGCCAGCGCCGCGGUGGCACCCUCGGGAUGCCCAAGGACGAGGCCGCCAACGGCCUGAUGGCCGCCUACGUGGCGCAGGCCGGGCUGGCGCGCGUCUUCAUCGGCAUCAACGACCUGGAGCGCGAGGGCGCCUUCGUGUACGCCGACCGCUCCCCCAUGCAGACCUUCAACAGGUGGCGCCCCGGGGAGCCCAACAACGCCUUCGACGAGGAGGACUGCGUGGAGCUGGUGGCCUCAGGGGGCUGGAACGACGUGGCCUGCCACAUCACCAUGUACUUCCUCUGCGAGUUCGACAAGGAGAGCGUCUGAGCCGCGCAGCCCGGGACCCCCCCAACCCCCUGGACUGCACCCCCUUCCUCCCCCUCCGGACCGCACCCUUCCGCGCCACCCCUCCACCGCACCCAACCUGGACCGCACCCCGAGGGCUUUGGGCGCAGGGAGGGGCGCGGCUGCGGGGCAGAGGGGAGAGUGUUUCUGGGGCCAUUUCCAGGGAAUUAAGAGUUCCUGCGUAUUUGUCACCCAGAUGUUUCUUAUGUGAUUAUUAGUACUCAGAUUUGCUCUUCCACAAAGCUCUGCCUUCCUCCCAACUCUAAGAUAAAAUCUUUAAGUAUUGCAGUAGUUAAUUAAGCAUCUUGCAUAUGAGGGUAGCAAGGUCUUGAAUGACUGACUCUCUUCAUUUCUACAUGGAACACAAUUGACCUAACUCUGACCAACGUUCCUGUAAAUUAUGUUAACAUACAGGUUCCUUUUCACAUUUAUCCAAGUAGAUACAAUAUUGCUUUGCUUUAAACCCAGAUUCCAAAACAAGAACAAUACAAAUUCUUCA